CUGAGUCCUGUCAAUAAUGAUAGCGUGUCAUUGCUUUGUAGACGGAUCUGGAGAUGUCCCCUCUUUGGUAGUCACAGCGUUAAUAGUCCCGGGAAGCCCCACCUCCACCACCUUGUAUGUUAAUUUCAGCGUGAUCUCUGCACGGAGUGGAGCGAGCCGCAGAGCGCCCGAUCUGCUGUCUGCUGCUUCAUGUCGACGAGGCUUUGGACGGACACAACCUGCCGCUGAGCGACUGUCGGGACUUUUUUACGCGAACGCCCUCGUGUUCGUUAUAAUGUCGCCGCUGAUGACGCACAGCUGAGUGUGAAUACUGUGGAUCCCGCCGGGUAGUUAAGAGAGGAAGGUGAACGCACCUUGCAUCCAGCCAUGGGAGGUCAGAUCACCAGGAAUACCUUCUACGAUUCUCUGAACGGGCCGUUUCCCGCCACAUCUCACCGAUGCCACCACAAACCCAAGCGCUGCCUACCCAUCCAGCCGUGUGGAAGUUUGUCCUCCUUCCCUCUCCUCUUCCAUCCCAGCACUAAGGGCUCGCAGAUCGUCAUGGACAUGUCGCAGAGGACCGUCAAGAGACAAGCCAGCUUCUGCAACGCCAUCACCUUCAGCAACAGACCUAUCGCUGUGUAUGAACAAGUUCGACUGAAGAUCACUAAAAAGCAGUGCUGCUGGAGCGGUGCUCUGCGUCUUGGUUUUACAUCCAAAGACCCAUCGAGGAUCAACCCAGACACUUUGCCAAAGUACGCCUGCCCCGACCUGGUUUCACAGAGCGGCUUCUGGGCAAAAGCCCUGCCGGAGGAGCUCUCCAACGAGGGAAACGUCAUCUCCUUCUGGGUGGACAAGAAGGGCCGGGUGUUUUACCGCAUCGACGACUCCAGCCCAAUGCUGUUCUUCAGCGGGGUACAUAUCUCUGAACCGCUGUGGGCUCUCAUAGACAUCUACGGCCUCACAAGGGGGAUCCAGCUGCUAGACAGCGAGAUGGUGACCCUGGACUGCCUGCGUCCUCGUUCUUUUGCUGCGGCCCACCGGGCCUCCAUUCAGCGGAACGGGGAUGACCCUCGCCUUUCCAUUAGCCUGUGUGACCUGAGCCUGCAGCAACAGGAGAUGCAUCUGGAGGAAGAGGAUGAGGAAGAGGAACGGCUACAGCGCUUAAGCUCCGCCUCCUGCCAUGUGCCCCAAAACUCUCAAAACUCGCAGCAGUGCUCACUGCUGCCCAGCCAUUUGGACACUGAUCUGCACUUCCACUCGGUGCACGGCGUCCACGUCACCACGCUGGAUAAGCACACGGUGGCGCGGCUGGAUCACCGUGGUGAAGAGAGGACCCUGGUGUUCACCAGUCGGCCGAUGCACUGCUCAGAGACCGUGUUUGUGAAGGUGAAGGCGGGUGUCACACGGCCCGGGUCUCUCUCUUACGGUGUGACAUCAUGUGACCCGGCCACCCUGAGGCCCAGUGACCUCCCGUCCAACCCAGAGUCCCUGGUUGACCGCAAGGAAUUCUGGGCCGUGUGUCGGGUGGCGGUGCCGCUCCACAGCGGAGAUAUCUUGGGCUUUGUGAUGAACGCAGAAGGGGAGGUCAUGAUGAGCCAUAACGGCAUCAGUGCAGGGAUGCAGCUGUGUGUCGAUAACUCCAGACCCCUCUGGAUGUUCUACGGUCUGCACGGCACCUUCACACAACUCAGGAUUUUAGGCUCAUCUCCACACCCGGACCCACGAGGCGUUUCGGUCCCCAGCUCCCCAUCUUUUACACCCAACACCCCCACAAUGCUUGGCAGCGGCAACUCUGAACCCAACCUCAACACUCCCUUGAACAUCAACCUCAAUUCAAGCCUCAACUCCAGCUACUACACAGUCUUUUCCUCCUCCACAGGUACAACACCAAGCUCUCCAUUCUCCAGCCACCCAGAGUCCCCUACCUUCCCAUCCUACUCGGGCUCGUGGAGCGACGAAUGCAGCAUUUGCUACGAGAAUGUGGUGGACACAGUCCUCUACGCCUGUGGACACAUGUGUCUCUGCUACACCUGCGGCCUCAAACUCAAGAAGAUGGCCAACGCAUGCUGCCCCAUCUGCAGGAGGACAAUCAAAGAUAUCAUCAAGACCUACCGGAGCACGUAGGCUUGUGUGAAGACAAUGUGUCGCAUCGUCGGGUUCAGCUCAAGGUUUUCAAAGCCAUGUAAGACUUUGUAAAGUCGGAUGCAGCACAAGUGAAAUCCCCGCUUGUUUGUGUGUGCAAUCUUGCUCAGGUUACUCUACAACAGGACUUAAAAACUCCAUUAAAACAUUAGAGAUGUGUUAUGGCUAAUGCACAUUCUUGGGAAUCUCACAGUUCCUGCCUAUGGCGUCUCACAGUAAGGACCAAGCAAUGAGGUUCAUCAUAACGUGUGAUCAACUGAAACAAAAUAUGUGCAGGUACUGCAGAUAGGACCAUGACCUACUAUUGUCUAGUGACUCAGUGAUUUGUGCAUCUGUUGAAGAGAAAGAGGCAUCUGUCCUACUUCCUGCAGAGUAACCCUACAUUCUGCUGGGGAUAGUGUCGCUGCUAUCUCGUUUUAGAAGACGUAAAAUUGUCCAGAACUGCGCAAGAAAUAAGGAGAAUAAAUGUGUUCUCACCAGCUGCUCCUCCACAGCUUGUCAGAGUGCAUUGGGUCAAAAACUGUUAUUUUAGGGUAAGAAUCAAUUCUGUGAGUUAGGUUAAAUUGGACAUUUCCUGAAUGCUUCCACAGGCCAGUGAGUUUUUAUGGUGAAAACUUUGCAGUACGUCUAAAAUAAGCCAUUUAAAAAAAAAAAAA